UUCCCCCGCCCCCGCCCCCGGCUCCUCGCAUCCACCGCUAUCCCGAGCUCCCCUCCCUUCUCCCCUCUCUGCUCUGGCAUCCGCCGCCCGCUCCUCUCCUCCCCUGCGCCGUUGUCCUCCCCGACGGGGGAGCUCGCCUGGCCGGCCCCGCGCCCGUCGAGCUCCUCCCGACUUGACUCCAACCGGCUGAAUUCGUUGCUGGACCGCCGCCGCCCAGUCCGUCUUCUCCAACCCCGACCGGCCGAGCGGCCCUCCCUCGCGCCCGCGCGCGCCUCGCAGCUGAGCCCCCUCCUCCCCGCGCCUGGACUCCGGCUUUCGUUUCCCAGCGGCCAAUUUUCCCUUUCCUUUUCCUUUUUCCGCUCCACCCCGUCGGGCCUUAUUUCCUAGCGGCGACGACAAGGCGAGCAGCCACUGCCAGGUCUUUUGUCAGCCGACCACCUGGCCUUCGUCGGGCGCCGGCGACGAACAUACGACAGUGAAGGCUAGAGGAAGAGAACGGCCACGGGAUGGAUAGGAACCAGGAGCUGGAAGAGGUGGUCCCAAAUGACUCGGACCCUCUUCUUGGGAGGGAGAACAAGGAGGCGGAGUCAUCAUCAUCAGUGGAGCUGUCUGCGCCACAACCAGCAACUGUGACCCCGUUGGAGAUCGAGGAUGAGGAGACUGAUGGCUCUUCUGCUGCAUGCUGCCGCAUUUGCCUCGAGAGCGAGUCUGAGAUAGGUGAUGAACUGAUAUCACCUUGCAUGUGCAAAGGAACUCAACAGUUUGUUCACCGCUCAUGCCUUGAUCACUGGCGUUCUGUUAAGGAAGGAUUUGCAUUUUCCCACUGCACAACAUGCAAAGCUCAGUUUCAUCUCAGGGUGGAGACGUGGGAGGACAACUCAUGGCGUAAAAUGAAGUUCCGGAUCUUUGUUGCAAGAGAUGUGCUCCUCGUAUUUCUUGCUGUACAGCUUACUAUUGCUAUUAUUGGCGCAAUUGCAUACUUUCUAGACAGGGAUGGAAGUUUCCGGAACAGUUUCAGUGAUGGCUGGGAUCGCUUCUUGUCAAAGCACCCAAUACCAUUCUACUACUGCAUAGGUGUUGUGGUUUUCUUUGUGCUGCUUGGAUUCUUCGGGUUGAUAGUUCACUGCUCAUCCUUCAACGACCACCAGGAUCCAUGCCUAGCUGGGUGCCGGAACUGCUGCUACGGCUGGGGCAUCCUUGACUGCCUGCCUGCUUCCUUGGAGGCAUGCUUUGCCCUGGUGUUGGUUUUCAUCGUCGUGUUUGCCAUCCUGGGCAUUGCCUAUGGCUUCCUGGCAGCCACCAUGGCCGUCCAGAGGAUCUGGCAGAGGCAUUAUCACAUCCUGACAAAACGGGAGCUCACAAAGGAAUACGUGGUGGAAGACCUCCACGGCAGCUACACGGCACCUAAGCUUGACCCGGAGCACGAGGAGCGGUUGAAGAUGCUGAAGCUCCUCUAGAGAGCCAGAGAGGUGCCUGCCUGAAAAUGCUUCAUGCCACCUCAUCAACAUGACAACAUGGCCCAUCCUCUCUGGGUCCAGAUCAUACAAGGAAUGGUCACCUUGAGUUCUACUAGGCUACUGUACAGAUGAAAAUCCUGCUUCUACCUGUACCGAACACCAUCUGCUGAAACAGUCUAGAGCUUCUGCUGAGUUUUAUGUUUUACCUUCUCGGUAAUCUUCGUCGACCACGUGUAGUGACUGUAAUGUGCGCCCUCUGCCUUGUUCCUGGAAUUGAACGACUGGACGAUUGAAAAUCUGUUGUCUGAAUUAAUCAUGUUGCGUUUUUUCGUCUGAAUAUAAGAUCUCUCAAUGCAUCUAAUGUA